AUGGUGUUUGCGGAAGGAGUAGCCAUUGAUCCUAGUAAAGUGGAUGCUGUAUUGAAGUGGGAAUCCCUGAAGUCUGUGACGAAGGUGAGGAGUUUUGUCGUUUUAGCCAGCUACUACCGAAGAUUUAUUGAAGGAUUCUCUCAAAUUGCUAUGCCAUUGACUAAGUUGACUAAGAAGGAUCAACCAUUCAUUUGGAGUGAUAAGUGUGAGGUAGCUUUCCAAGAGUUGAAGGUGAGAUUAACCACUGCUCCAGUGCUUACUAUUCCAGACCCUAAUCGUCCAUACACAUUAUGUACAGAUGCUUCACUUAAGGGCUUAGGUUGUGUCCUUAUGCAGGGAAGCAAAGUGGCAGCCUAUGCAUCAAGACAAUUGGGGCCCCAUGAGGAGAAUGAAGGGAAUUGA